GCCCCGCCGCUGACCAUGGCCGAAGGCUGGCGCUGGGCCGGGCCGGGCCGGGGCGCCCCGCGGCCGAGCCCCCGCCGCGCCGUCAGCGUCUGCGAGUCGCUGGACUUGCAGGGCGUCCCCGCCGUCCAGGCCGCGCUCGGCGCCGCGCAGCAGCAGCGCCGGCGGCCCAAGAGCUUCUGCGCGGCGGGCAACGGGCUGCCCGGGGCGCUGCUGCCGCCGCCGCCCCCCGCCCGCGCCCGCGGCGGCCUCCUGGAGCUGCUCCGGCUGCGCUCGCCCCGCAGGCACGGCCCCGAGGCCGAGGGCGACGGCCCCGACGAGGCGCAGCGCCCGCGCCCCAGCAGCAUGACCUUCCUGCCCGCCGCCCGGCCGCCGCACCCCUCCGAGAGCCCCGGCUUCCUCCGGGGGGGCUCCCUGUGGGGCAGCCGCCGCUGGAACCUCUUCGGGGGCAGCGGCUGGAGCGGCUCCAGCCCCAGGAAGAACUUCAGCUCCCUGCGGAAAAGCUUCAGUUUCCGCCUGCGCCGGGGCCACGAGCUGCGGCGCUCGGAGUCCGGGGGGCUCCUGCGCCCCGCGCGCCUCCGCACCAAGAGCGAGGGUGAUGCCAGCUCCCUGCACACCUGCCCCAGCAAGCGCGACCUGCUGUACCCGGAGCUGAGCAGGGUCGGGGGCCGGCUGCACACCGACCCCGUGCAGACGGGGGGACUCUGGAAACUCCUCACGAGCCGCUUCCGAAGGCGAGAGCGUGGCAGCACUGGCAGCGUGUGCCCCAAGGAUCCCCACGGCAGCGUUGAGCCUGUCCUCAUGGGUGGGGGUCCUCUGCGGGCGCUGGAUUCGUUUGUGAACAGCCAGGAAUGGACCCUGAGUCGCUCGGUGCCUGAGCUGAAGGUGGGCAUCGUGGGGAACCUGUCCAGUGGCAAGUCGGCCCUGGUGCACCGCUACCUGACCGGCACCUACGUGCAGGAGGAGUCUCCAGAGGGUGGCCGGUUUAAGAAGGAGAUCGUGGUGGAUGGGCAGAGCUACUUGCUGCUGAUUCGAGAUGAAGGGGGCCCCCCUGAACUCCAGUUCGCUGCCUGGGUUGAUGCAGUGGUGUUUGUCUUCAGCCUGGAGGACGAGAUCAGCUUCCAGACCGUCUACAACUACUACCUGCGGCUGUGCAGCUACCGGAACACGGCGGAGGUGCCGAUGGUGCUGGUGGGCACGCAGGAUGCCAUCAGUGCCACCAACCCCCGCGUCAUCGACGACUCCCGCGCUCGGAAGCUCUCCAAUGACCUGAAGCGCUGCACCUACUACGAGACCUGCGCCACCUACGGCCUGAACGUGGAGAGGGUCUUCCAGGACGUGGCUCAGAAGGUGGUGGCUCUCCGCAAGAAGCACCAGCUGUCCAUCGGCCCCUGCAAGUCCCUGCCCAACUCACCCAGCCACUCGUCUGUGUCCGCAGCCUCCAUUCCUUCUGUCCACAUCAACCAGGCCACCAACGGUGGAGGAGCCUUCAGUGACUACUCCUCCUCUGUGCCCUCCACCCCGAGCAUCAGCCAGCGGGAGCUGCGGAUCGAGACCAUCGCUGCCUCCAACACGCCCACCCCCAUCCGCAAGCAGUCCAAGCGGCGCUCCAACAUCUUCACGUCUCGGAAGGGCGCGGACCCGGAGCGCGACAAGAAGGUGCCGGAGUGUAAAGCGGACAGUAUUGGCAGCGGGCGGGCCAUCCCCAUGAAGCAGGGCAUUCUCCUCAAACGCAGUGGCAAGUCCCUCAAUAAGGAGUGGAAGAAGAAGUACGUGACACUGUGUGAUAAUGGGGUCCUCACCUACCACCCCAGCCUGCACGACUACAUGCAGAACGUGCACGGCAAGGAGAUCGACCUGCUGCGAACCACGGUGAAGGUCCCGGGCAAGCGGCUGCCCCGGGCCACGGCGGCAGCGCCCAGCGCCAGCCCCAAGGCCAACGGGCUGGCCAAGGACAGGAGCAGCUCGCAGCUGGCAGGAGGCACAGGUGCUCCCCACUCGACCAGCAGCACCUCGCUGCACUCCGAGCGCUCCAUCAGUGGCAUCAACCUCGUGGGCUUCAGCUCCAAGCCGGACGGGAUGCACCAGCGCUCCUACUCCGUCUCCAGUGCAGACCAGUGGAACGAGGCUGUGGCCAUCCCCGGCAGCUGCCCCAACCCCUCUAACGGUACUGCCGACUCCCUCAGCUCCAGCCCAAACAUUUCCAGUGCUGCCAGCCCAAAGCUGGAGCCGCCUCCGUCACCACAUGCCAACAGGAAAAAGCAUCGCAGGAAAAAGAGCACGGGGACAACUCGGCUUGAUGGCCCCAGCACGGCAGCUGAAGAGCCAGAUGAGCCAUUUGAGUUCAUUAUCGUGUCACUGACGGGCCAGACAUGGCUCUUCGAAGCCUCAACAUCAGAGGAGCGGGAGCUCUGGGUGCAGGCCAUUGAGAGCCAGAUCCUGGCCAGCCUGCAGGGCUGUGAGAGCAGCAAAAACAAGGCUCGGCUGGGCAGCCAGGGCGACGCGCAGGCCAUGCAGGCCGUCCGCACCGCGCGCGGGAACAGCUUCUGCGUGGACUGCAACGCACCCAAUCCGGACUGGGCCAGUCUCAACCUGGGCGCUCUCAUGUGCAUCGAGUGCUCCGGGAUCCAUCGCAACCUGGGCACCCACCUGUCCCGCGUGCGCUCCCUGGACCUGGACGACUGGCCGAGCGAGCUCCUCAUGGUCAUGACGGCCAUCGGCAACGCACUUGCAAACGCUGUCUGGGAGGGAAUGGUGGAGGGGUACCCCAAGCCCACGCCCGAGAGCAGUCGGGAGGAGAAGGAGCGCUGGAUCCGGGCUAAGUACGAGCAGAAGCUCUUUCUGGCCCCACUGCCCCAGUCGGACAUCCCGCUGGGGCAGCAGCUGCUGCGGGCCGUGGUGGAGGAUGACCUGCGGCUCGUGGUGACGCUGCUGGCCCAUGGCACCAAGGAGGAGGUGAACGAGACCUACGGAGACGGAGACGGGCGCACGGCGCUGCACCUCUCGUGCGCAAUGGCCAACGUAGUCUUCACACAGCUGCUCAUCUGGUACGGCGUGGACGUGAAGAGCCGGGACGCGCGGGGCCUGACCCCGCUGGCCUACGCGCGGCGGGCCGGCAGCCAGGAGUGCAUCGACAUCCUGCUGCAGCACGGCUGCCCCAGCGACAGCGCCGGCACGCUGACCCCCAGCCUGCCCCGCCGCAACGCCAACGCCAACAACAACGCCUGCGCCGCCGCGGCCCUGGAGCUCAGCGCCGGCCCCGGCACGGCCUAGCCCGGCACGGCCUAGCCCGGCACGGCUCGCCGCACAGCUGCCUCCAGCCCUGCCGCGGGGCUCCGAGAGCCGCACAGACGGGCCCGCGCUGCCUGCCCCGGCCAGCAGCAGGCUGCAGCCAGCUGGGAGCCGGCAUCCCGCUCCUCCGCGCUGGUUCCAGCCGCCCUGGCCGUGCAGCUGUGCGGACCCAGUGUGGCAGCUUGUGGAGGGCUCUGCAUUAUCGCUGGGGCGGCUCCAGUGCGCCCCGCUCUCGGUACGUGGAUGGGGAGGCAGUUCCUGCUGCUCCCCCCACAUCUGUAGAUAAAGCAGGGGCUGGGGGCAGCUCAGGCGUGUGGCCUCCCCUGCACAGCAGCGCCAGGGACGCUGAUGGCUGCGCCUGCUCCCUCAGGGAGGUCAGUGUGGUCGCUUCCCUCCUGCUGUCCCUCCAUGCAGUGGUGCAGGGGUGAGGUGGCAGCAGGAGGUGCGUGUUUCUCCAUUGCUCCCCGUGCUCCUCUGCUUCUGGCCAGUGCAGGAGGGCUGCACGCACCGACACUGCUCCCCACGUGCUGAUGCAAGGGUGGCACCUCCCCAGCACUGCCCCCGGACAAAGGCCUCCCCAGCCUCCCUGGUGACCUAGACGGGGAAGAGGAUGGUCACCUCGGAAUCCCCAGCUCUGUCUGUCUGUCUGUCUGUAGAGUCACUGUCCUUCCAGGUUAAAGCUCCAAGCUCCAAGCCAUACACAGUGUCUCCCUCAGAGCCUCCCGCUGGCUCCCGCUGCUGCCCAGGUGGGGCUGGUCUCCAGCUGAGCAAGAGGAGAGGAGAGGAGCAUCUCUCUCUGCAUUGGGGUCAGGCCUCUAGCUGAAUGCUGGAACCUCAAGGCUUUGGACACUGCUAUGGAAUGUCUCUGUCACUUGUGUAUAAAAUGUACAUUGGAAAUAUUUAUAUGGACACUCUGUAUAUACGGUUUCUUUUCCAUAAGUUGCCCUGUGUGUGUUAUCUGCAGCCAAGGAGAUAAAGGCCAAUAAAGCAACCCACCUCCUGCCA